CAGCCAGACGCAACUCCUUGACCUGCCGAAAGAAAAAAAAGAGAUUUCAACAGUAAAUUACAGUCCAGCAUGGCAAUCCGCUUUAAGUGAAACAUGGAUCGAACUUACGAAACCGUUGGAUAACAUUCCAUCCAACGGCCAAGAGAUGGAUAAAAAGCAACCGCGGCAUUCUCAAUUUCACAUUUGGCGCUCAAAAAAGUGAAAAGUUUGAAACCAAUCUCUCCUUAUAUAAAAUCCCCAAUCCACCCAACCCUAACGAUAAUUCGAGCAAGUGAAUUGAGAAAGCAAGACAAAAAAAAAAAAAAAAAAGAGCAAAGAAAAUGUCAGGAAGAGGAAAGGGAGGGAAAGGAUUAGGAAAGGGAGGAGCAAAGAGGCACAGGAAGGUAUUAAGAGAUAACAUUCAAGGUAUUACAAAGCCAGCAAUUAGACGUCUUGCUCGCAGAGGAGGCGUCAAGCGUAUCAGUGGUCUAAUUUACGAAGAGACAAGAGGCGUUUUAAAGAUCUUUUUGGAGAAUGUGAUUCGUGAUGCUGUUACUUACACUGAGCAUGCUCGUAGAAAAACUGUUACUGCCAUGGAUGUCGUUUAUGCUCUUAAACGUCAAGGCCGUACCCUCUACGGCUUUGGUGGUUGAUUUUUCUAUUUUUUUAGGAUAUCUUUUAGUAGAUCUCUGUUUGUAUUUCUGUUUAUUUGUAAACAGAUCUGGAUCUGUGGAUCUAAUUGAAUCUGAUUUCCAUUA